UCCACAUGCAAAUUUCAUGGGAUCUCUUUUGUCAAUUGCAGCAGGCAAAGCAUAGCUUGCCAUGAGCUGUUAGGCCAUUCUGAUGAGGAUCUUUGGACCACAUGCAGAAAUCAUGAUCGACAGAGAAGAGUGACGCCUUUCCUGAGUUCAUGAGUUGGUUGUUUCGUUGGUGGUAUCGGCAUUCAGACCAGUAUCCCGAGACAGAAAACAAGCCAGAUUCAGCGAAGAUGGCGACCCCAACAGUGCCAAAGUCUGCAGCCGUAAAAGCAGCGACUCCGGUAGCAAAAGUAGGCGAAUCGGCCAAAAGUAAACAGCCCGCUGGAAUGGGCAAGGCGGCUCAAAGUAGACCGGCGAGUUCCACUGGCGCUGCGAAGUCAACACCAGGCAAGUCGUUAACUGGCCAAUCACAGUCUGGUAAGCUUCCAACUGGCCAAUCAAGAACCGGUAAAGUCCAAGUCGGCAGCCCAUCAGCAUCCAGCAAGAAUCCCAGCAGCCAAUCAGGCGGCACGAAACCAAGCCCAGCCCAGUCUGGCAAGUCCGUCUUCAUUAAGUCAGCAAUCACUAACACUGGAAACGGCAAAUCACCGUCAGGUCAACCGUCGCCUAUUCGUUCGUCGCCUGCAAGCAAAAUCUCUCUCGGCCAAUCGUCACCCAGAAAGUCUAUCUUCGGCCAAUCGGGAGGCGUGAAGCUAGGAUCGUCGCAGUCGCCCAGCAAAACUUUCUUUGGGAAGUCGUCGGUCAUGAAGACCAUCGGAUCGGGCCAGUUCGAUCUGCCCCUGGCUCUCAGGAAGAAACGAAGGCCAAAUGCAGGAAUGAAAAGAGAGGCACCCGUUUUCAUGGACAUCAACUUCAGCUCGAAUAAAUCGCCCAAAGACGGCAAGACGGCGCCGAAGCGCAAACUAAGCCAGACCAGUCCCAACAGCAACAAGGUUAGCCUGAAAAACAAGGCUGACUACGUGCCUCCAUCGAGCAAGAAGAGGAAAAUAGUCCGAUCCAACCGAGACCAGGAUUCCAGGAAUGACUUCUAUUGCUGGGUUUGUCACAAGGAAGGCUCUGUCAUCUGCUGUGAGUUGUGCCCACGGGUUUACCACCCCAGGUGUGCCAAGGUGGAGGGGGACCCUGUGGGGGACUGGUUCUGCCCGGAAUGCGAGCGAGCGACCAAUGCCGAGUGCAUUGACUCACAGUCUCCAGCCAUGUCAUCACUGACUCAGAACCAGCUGGCCAAACUACUCUUUUAUGCACUCAAGAGAAUGAGACACACCGGGGCUGAACCAUUUUUGAAGCCAGUCAACACUCAACAGAAUCCGGGCUAUGAGGAGUUUGUCUUCAAUCCCAUGGACCUGUCAACCCUCGAAAAGAACAUCAAAAAGCACAUGUAUGGUAGUACAGAGGCUUUUCAUCUGGAUGCAAAAUGGAUCCUGCACAACUGCAUUGUCUUCAACGGAUCGCAUCACAAGUUAACUAACAGUGCACGGAUGAUCAUCAAGAUCUGUGAAUACGAAAUGAAGGAGAUUGAAAUCUGCCCAGACUGCUACUUGUCGGCCAGUGUGAAAAACAGCAAAUGGUUCUGCGAAGUCUGUCGGGAUCCUCACAAGCUGGUCUGGGCCAGGCUACAGGGCUUCCCCUUCUGGCCUUCUAAGGUCAUCCGGGAGAAGGACGGACUUCUAGACGUCCGCUUCUUCGGGCAGCAUGACAGGGCUUGGGUUCCUGUCUCCAGCUGCUACAUGUACUGUCCGGAGAUCCCCAACCCUUCCAAGAAGAAGACAACGGGUCUCAGCACCUCCAUCAUGGAGAUGGAACUCCACAUCGAAAACCUAAAAAAGGCCUUCGGCAAAGACUGCUUCCGGUACGCACCCCACCGGACCCCCUACGGGAAGUUUGAGUGCCUGUCCCUUGACCCCAAAGGCAGGGAAAAGUGGACGGAGAGCCAAUCUGAGAUACUGAUGAAUGGCAUCAGCGGCAGGAGUAGACUGCAACCAGACCCGGCCCCUUCCACUGUGAAAGUCAAGACGGAACCAGAUUCACAGGAGGCUGAUGGAAAAGUAGAUGUUGGAAAACCGUCGGAUGGUCUGCCAGGUCAACUGGUAAAGGACACAGUACUAGACAAAGAAUCUCCAGGAAACGAAAAGGAUUCAAGUCAGGACUCUGCAGACAAAAUAUCGUCUGGAAAUGGCAACGAUGCUGGUAAGGAUAAACAACCAGACUCGGAUUCGUCGAUUAAGGAUGCGCAGAUCAACUCCGAUACACCUAGCACCAAGAUUGGAGCACCACAAACAGUUAGACGUCAAAUCUUCAACAUCUCUAGGAAAAGAACGGUAGGCGUGGAUAAGCCAACAACACAGGUUAAAGACACUGCGGAGGCAAGCUCUGCCUCUGGAAGUAAGCCCGACUUGGGGAAUGUUGAGAGUGAUGACAGCUCGUUGUCGUCUCCCAGCAAGGCACCGGCUGGCGUGUUCGAAGUCAGCGACGAGAGCCUAGAUGUGGAUCCUGAGGUGGAAGCCCAGUCGCCAGCCGUGCAGCUCUUGGGCAAAGCCCAUGUAUCCGCCAACGACUUUGCCAGGAGCCUUGCCAUCAAGCUGAACAAGGUCAGCCCAAGGUCCCUGGGGAAGAUGGGGAGGCAGGGCAGUCAAGAUGCUAAUCAAGCAGAAGAAGACAAAAAGGAACAUUUGAUGGACCUAGAGGAGCAAAGUAGCGAGUCUACAGAGAAGGACACUGCAGCUAAAAUCUCUUCAACUUCACAGGAUAAACCAUCUGUAGAUCAAAACGAAGAGAUGCCAAAAGCUGAUACCUCACCAAAGCCUUCACCCUCCAUCCCUGAUGUGGAUGAUAAAAACUCAAAAGACUCAGCUCUUCCAAAGACCCCUGCGGUUGACUCCUCGGAGAAGGCUCAGGACGAGGACAUCCCAAGCACCUCCCAGUCCUUACCCAGGAAGGACAAGUUCCACAUCAAGCUGGUCAAGACAAUUGAGACCAUGAAGGCCUCCCUGGGCAUUGAGAGGCUUCACAGUGUCGACAAAGAGACCUCCGAUUCAGAGUCUUCAGCCGCCGACUUGGACUCAGACUCUAGCGAAGCCGAACACUCAGAUGAGUCAGACAUGGAGGUUGAUGAGGACCAAGGCCCAAGUGUAGCCAAGAAGAGAGCUGAUAGCCCAAACAGGGAUGGGUCGGAGAAGGCGACUACAUCAAGGGAAGAUACUUCAACGAGAUUGGCGAAGACAUCUGCUGAAGACACUGACAACCAAGAUCCCAGUACCGACACAAACGGUAAACAACUCCCGAAGGACCGAACUGAUCCUGACAGAAAUAAUGCCAAGGCAUCUCAAAAUGUAGCAGAUGAUGGCAAAGGCCCUAGUUCAUCCAAGAAACCGUGGGUGGAUCAAGACAUUGACCUUCUUAUGAGCUGCCAUUCUGAGAUGUCCGGUUCAGAGGAAGGCGAGCUGGUUAUCGACGAGUCACAAACCACUAGCCAAGCUGACACAAGACCAAGCAAAAAGGCCAGACUGUCCAAAUCAAACACUAUCAAAAGGAAAGACUCUACUGCCAAUAAGCUGGAGCAGUCUAGUGAAGCUCUGAAAAUGGACGUCCAUGAAGAUUCAACGCCAAUGGAAACGGACGACGUCAUUCUUCUGUCGGACCCCUUUGAGAGUCAUGGGACUGACCAGCCUGACCAAAGCACAACACGGCAAGAGAAAACUGCCUCUCCUGUACCCAGCGUGCAUGAAAAGGAGUCGAAACGUGAAGAGGAGUCCAAGCACGAAGAGGAGUCGAAACACGAGGAGGAGUCAAAACACGAAGAGGACUCAAGACACAACGAGGAGUCCAAACAUGAAGAGGAGUCCAAACACGAAGAGGAGUCAAAACACGAAGAGGGAUCAUCUCUCCAAGAGGGAGCAUCAGUCGAAGAGAAGCCAAGACUCGAAGACUCAGCCACAACUGAAGAAGAAACAAUAAAUACCACCAAGCGUCUUAGCCCAGCACCAAUCAACCUAUCCUCUGAUAAGUCAGCAACUUCAGGUGACAAAUCCACACCUCCAAAUGAUGAAUCAGCACCUUCAAAAGACAUCUCAAAGGACGAUAAUUCGCAGACUGACAACAUGCAAACUGCCGAGAGCAGCAAGAGCACAGUUCCCAUGCCUCCAAAAUCAGAUCUUCCACCUGCCAACCCCGCAACAUCCCCCACCACGUUCCUGUCUUCCUUCCCAAAGAUUGUUGAGACGCUGCAGGCCGUUAAAAGGCCAUUGGUUAUUGUACCUGAUCCUUCACCAAAGGUCGCUGAAGAACCCGUUGAAAGUCCAACAGUGACUAUCUCAACAACGGAGGCUGCGAGUACCUCAGGUAGCAGUGAGACUGUUGAGGGGCCACAGACAACUCCCAUAGACAAGGAUGUCUCCAUGAAAACCUUUUAUAAGAAGUACAUCGAGAAAAUUUCAACAUCUGUGGGAGGGAUCCUUGAAGACUUGUGCAGCGACCUUGCGGAGGGGAAGUUGGUAAAGGAAGCCAAGGCGAGCAUUGAGGAGUUGAAGGCCAAGGUGCAGCAGCUGACCUGGGAGAGGGACCAAGAGCGGAAGGAAUUCAAACAGAUCAUGGAUCUGGCAGUAGCGGAGAUGAAGGAAUGCAUGAUGGAGGAGUCCAACGUUGCCCUGAUCAACCUGAGGAACCAACUGGAGGCGGAGAAACAAGACGAGAUCCGCAAGACUAAGACCAAACAAUGGUGCGCUAACUGCGGUAAGGACGCCGUCUUCUUCUGUUGCUGGAACACCAGCUACUGCGACUACCCCUGCCAGCAGACCCACUGGGCGCAGCACCGCAACGUAUGCCAGCAGCGAGUGCUUGGGAACAACGCAGCACAGCAGGUACAGCAAGCACCCAACAAACAGCAGCAGCAGAUUACUACGUCUUCCACCGCAUCGGCAUCCAGCACGUCGGAUAUAAUGCAAAUCGUUUCCCCCGCCGCGGGAAACAGCGCGGCGGAACAGCUCAGAAUAAUCUCUGAGCAGCAGGCCAAUCAGACUGGUAGCCUAGCUAAUCAGCCAAACCAGCCAGUACCCAUGCAGCUCCACUCCAACUUACAGCCCACCAUCCAACAGCAACUCAACCAGUCGGCUAACCAUCAGGCACUCCACCAACUCAACCAGCCUGCCAACCAACCGCAGCAGCAACAACCACCACUACACCAGACCCUACAGCAGCAAGUGCAGCAGGUUAUGCAACAGCCGAUGCCACCGGCGAACACCCAACCCAUGCAGACUUUGAUCCAGUACGUCCAAGCCCCGCGGAUGUCUGCUCCCUUACCGGUCCGACAGAUGCUCAACCACCACCCUUACACCCUGCCACAGGGGAGGAUCAUCGGUAACGGAAUGCGCGUGGUCAGACCUUAAUUACGGACCAGUUUUUGUGGUUCUUUCUUUAACUAUGGACCUUUGACAUCUUAAAAACCUAGACCUGACAUUUGUAUGUUUUUACGUUGUGCGUUUCUGAUAUCAAAACGCUGCAUUCUAUAACCGCCAUCUUGUGUACAGAUGCUCAUUCUGAUCGUAAAUAAGGCACGCAUCGUACAAUGAGCGUAAUUCGCGUACAGGAUGCCGCUUACAGGAUGCAACGUCUUGAUAUCAGAAAUUGCAGGCAAGUGUAGGGUCUAGGUUUUUAAGAUGUCUGUGCUAUGGACUCCGUACACAAGUACCCGCUCAACGUUACAAAGUUAGAGUUGGGGAGACCAUUGGGAGGAAGAUUCAAAUGUAUCCCCAUCGUGUCCAGCACUCACGCGAAGACGUCACUGGUUUAUGCUCAUUGGGAAUAAAGAUAAUGCGUACUUUGCGCCAUACGUGCAUAAACCAGUGCGCAUGGUGAAAGUGGUUAAAGAGCGCCAUCUUUUGUUUGCGCAAGGAGUCCAUAUGGUUCCAAGCUCAUCCCAAAGAUAGUGUGCUUAUACUGUUAACAUGAAUAACCUUAGCAAUACCCUAUAUGCUUAAAACUGUUUGUAAAAGUCAGAGGACCUGAACGAGGUUUUGUAUGUAGCAGAUGCCUAAAAAUUACCAGGCUCCGGAACUUUUAUAAUUUGUAAAUUUCAGAUCACUUCAGUCAGUAAGCAGUUCACAGCAGCUUUUCGUGUCUUAAGAACCAUAUAAACCCUCCUCAAUCCUCCUCAAUCCUCCAAGUGUUUUGGAGGAUUUUUGAGGAUUGAGGCUGAACGGCAAAAAAAGUGUCAGUUGAUUUUGGAGGAUGCAUUGUGUCGAGUUCGUAGGCCGUACCCAGCAUUGUUUAUCAGCCAUGCACAAGCCCUGUAUUAUGCUCGUUAUCAUCCGCACUGCUUCUGAAUGUCAUCGGCACUGCCUCAACAACCCAUUAACAGCGAUUGUCAGAGAAUUUUGAAGGAUUGAGGAAAUGGUCACCCCUCCACUGAACAAAUUCAAGAAACGAUAAAUGAUUUUGGAGUACUGAGGCUGAAUCCAAUUUUUACAUGGUAGCAGUUGGAGGAUUUUGCGGGAUUGAGUAUGGUUCCUAGCCAAAAGGGCCUAGGGGGUUAGGGUUAAUUGAGUUUUGGAAAAGAAUGGAUGAAAACAUACACGCCAUUAUCAAACAUUUAUCAGCAUUCUCGCUAGCUUUACUUAUAGCUUAAUUCUGCAAGCAUAGUUUACCUUAUGACUUGUAUAAAUGUGUGUCAAGCCUGUCUAUACACAUUUGGACUUUUGUUUUGUUUAAUUGCUGUAUUAAAAGAUACAAGCGAUAUAAGUUUGCAACUAUAAAGAAAGGCCUGUCAGCCCAAUCUUCGCGACAACAAACACCUCAAACAUGGCUGCUGAACGGAAAGUCUAUUCACUUUGUCACAAAAGAAAAAAAGGAAAGAAUAAGAGGGAAAAAAAUCUGUUUUUCUCAAACUGCCGAAUUCUGUACAGUUGUUAUUUCCUUUAAGUGGUCUCACUUGUUCUUUGUUUCAUACAUUUCUAUCCAUAAACUUGAAGUUCUCCAUAAAGUUGAUAGUUGAUUCUGUAAAUAUUGUUUUUUUUAUAUUUCAAUUUUGACCACAGCUCCAAGAGUUUGUUAAAGUGAUGUUCUGGUGUUAAUGCAUUUUUCAUUGUUUAAAGUUGUUAGAUGAAAUCAGCAUUACUUUGUAAUUUUUCUCUGGUUAAAGAGAGUUUUUUUCACUGAAAGUUGAUCACUGAUCACAAAAAAUUGAAACCUUCAUUUGUAUGGUGUUCUUUUGUAAAAGUAUACUCAGCUCAGUUUUUGCUUUUGCGAAAACAGGUCACUUGCUAAGGCUUUUCUAGUGGCUAGGCUGCAUCUUGGACGCAUCAACAUUAACAAACCAUUGUAAAUACCCUUUAGCCUUAGCCCCAAACUUGGAAACAGCCUUAGAUUCUCUGCCUUGCCGUUUGCUUUAAAAGCAAUCCAUUGGAUAUUAUAAAGCAGUACAUCGAAAAGCGCUUCUCGAGUCGUUUUUUAUUCCUGAUGUUUUUCCUCAUCUCUACUCAGAAAAUGUGUUAAAAAUGUUCACAUGAAGUUAAAAGGUGAGCCACUUUAUUCUUAAAAUGACAUGGUCAUAAUUCUCUUGUAUAAACUUUGUUAUGAUGUACAGUUUCCUUUGUUGUAAGGGGAAAAAAAAACAUUACAUAAGCUGCUGGGCAUUCAGCCAGAAAACACUGCGGAAAAGAUCGUUGUAAAGACAAGACAGGUAGUUGCUCAAGAAGCGUCGGAAAUAGACGGCCAGAAAAAAGGAUUAUGUAGACCCUUUUAAAGGAACUAGUUGUGAAUCAAGAAUAGUUCACAUCUGUGUGGUUCACUCGUAAUUGAUUGCUCGUUUUUGUACAGCGCUGU